GAAACAACGCAGCGAAAAGAUAGCCAGCAAACAAUUAAGUUGCUUUUACACAUACAUGUGCUCCCAAAAAUUGCGCUGUUUUGAUAUGCAGUCAUGAUAAGUAAUGGCUAAAGAGUUUAUUUACUGUCACAUAUCAGCAAACGACUUUACACAGGACAUAGAUGAUGUUAUUCUAAGAGCUAAAAAGGCUGGAAUUAAAGCUCUGAUCGCAGUUACAGAGUGAGCCAUUGAGUUUGAGUAAGCCAUUUUUACAUCAAAAAUAUAUCCUGGUUUUAUCUUCCCUUGUUUUGCCAUUCAUCCCCUUCUUGGAUCUGGAGAAGACUUGCAUAGUGUCAAGAUUCACGACCUGGAGCAAUUCCUUCCUUUGGUCCAGAAGUGCAGAGAUAAUAUUGUUGCAGUUGGGGAGAUUGGUCUCGACUUUACUCCCUGGUAUGCACAUACUACUCAAGAGUGUGUUGAACAGAUAAAAGUCUUUACAAUACAUCUUGAAAUAUCUAAAGAAUUGGAUUUGCCAUUGCGAGUACUGUGUAGUGUAGUUGGUGUAAAGGCAAUAUUACAUUUUACUAGAAAGUAACAGGAAAUUGUGGUUGCAGAGAAACGGUUAAAGAAAUAGUUUACCCAAAAACGAAAAUUCUCUCAUCGUUUACUUACCCUCGUGCCAAAUCAGAAGUGUAUGACUUUCUGUCUUCUG